CACCAAGCGAUACCGGCCAGUUCUCUCCGAUCUGCUGAAAAUGACGAGCGUCCUCCAGUACGCGUAGUAGCGCUUCGCUUUCUUCUGUACUUUUAACGCCGGUUGAAUGGUUGUUUAACGAAGGCAAACGCCGGAUGAGCCUGCAUUAGUUCGGGCAAACCAUACAUACGGCGAUAAGGCGAGAAAGCGUUGUUGUCCGGUGCGUUUACUGGUUCUUUUUUCGUUGUCAACUUUCACGGUGACUUCAAAGUCCUCAAGAGUAGGUGGGUUUUAAAGAGGCAGCAACAGAGGUGACUAGCCAGACCAACGAAAAAAAGUCUUUCAUUUCCUUUGCGGCCUGGUUCUUGUUCUGGUGUGCCCGCCUGCAAGAAGGAGCAGCUACGCGAGUGCGCAUUGCCAGCCCGGAACGUUGAAGGAAGAUAGGAAAAAAGCAAACCCCGUUCCGUCUCCGGUACGGUGUAUGGUGCUGGUGGUGCGAUCGAUUUUCAAAGUCCUUUCGCCGUGAACUGGGGUGCUAGAAUGAGAAGGGCCGAUAUAGAGCCCGUCCGGGAAUGGUGUAGUUUGUGCAGAGAAGUGAAACAAAAGUACGCCCUUACCCUUCGGGAACAACGGAACAUCGGUCCGUUCUGUCAGGAGAUUCGGUUCAAAUUUCACACCACACCAGUACUAGGGAUAUGUCUCCGUCUCUGUGUGUUUGUACCCUUUGAAGUGGAAGUUAUGUGUAUACCAGAGACUUUGGUUUACAGCGACGUAUUUCCUUGACAUAUAUACACAUACGGAAACUCACAUAAACACACAUACAACCAACGCAAGAUUAAGGGUUCUAUUACAAGCGCAUCAAGCAGAAACGGAAACGAUAAAAGCUCCUCGAAAUCCAAACGACGGAAUCUUUUCCAUUGCACGGAUUAUUCGUGUCAACGCGGAGCCAAGAGAGAUUGAAAAAAAUCAGCUUUCAGACUCAAAAAUCCGCAAGGAGGAACAAAACAAAAGCAACAGCAAACGAGACAAACAAUAUUUACAUAGGAAAUAGAAAACAUCACAAAGAGGAAAACAAAAUAAGAGCCGGAAAAAAGGAACACCGUGAAGAAAAAGAUCAAUUGCUUCCUAUUUACAAAAUUAUCCUAGUAAAGAUUAAUUAUAUAAUCAAACAAAACAAGGCAAACAGCAAGUAUUAAACAACAAAAACUCACACACAAGCGCCAAGCUAGCGUCCAGGAGAUCUACUAAUCCCGGGAAAGAGAUAACAGUGUGCGAGUCCUUCUACCUGACUAAAUCCAAAACACAUCCUACAAAAUCAUCUACACACACACACACACACUCAGGACGACAACAGAGUCCAGGACUCCAGAACAGGAGAUCAACAAACCGACGACAACAACAAACACAAGGUGCAGAAUCCGGGACUCCGACUCCGGCUGGCCUUGCACACCCGGACUUCCAGCAGAUUGUAGCAGCAGCCAUCCAUACUCCAGCUCCAGCUCCAAAACCCGCACCGCACAGUACAGUUCCAACAGACACGCCAACAGCACACACCAAGGUACAGUGUGACAGCCGAUAGCCGAAGUGACAGCUGCACGACAAUCAACAUUAUAGCAUUCAAUCGAACCAAGAGUGAAAUUUAAAAGACAACAAAAGAAUCGUAGUAGGCGGACAACACGCGCACGCCGCUCCCGACAUAUUUUCUAUCGCCAUCCGCGCCCUCCGACCUCGUCUCCUCGUCCGGAAGCCGGUCCCGUGUUAACGCGAGAACCUUCCAUCGUGUGGGUGAAUAUUUCUGGAAGGCAACACCCCGGAACCAGAAGCAGCUUCCCAGGCGUGUGCGCGCUCGUGUGUGUAGUGUGUAGAGGGAAUCUACGUGAAGACGAAGAAGCAAUAACCCUGCAGUAUUCAUUCCAAACGGUACCAACCAAACAAAAACUCCCCAAUAACCACCCCAAAAUCCCCGCCAAACAAAAGAAAAACUGAGCAGUGCAUGCAAUAAUUACACAGCAGCCAUUUUUGCAAAAUUUGGCCAAGAAUCUUAGGGAACCCGGAUCGGUUUUUCAGUAUCAUACACUAAAACUAGCACACAAGAACAAACAUUUACUCCCGUCGUAAACGAGCAACGAAGCAGAAGUAACGGACGAGCUAUUAAGUGAGGGUCAGGUAUUUGCCAGUUUUUAAGUGCGAGUGUGCAAUGUGUGUAAAGUUGUAAAGAGAAUCCGAGGAGACCUUUUAAGAAAGUGAGUGUGUAAGUGCGAAUACUUUUUUAAAACACAGAAAAGCCAAGCAAUUUAGCAGCGUGUGGAGGAGCGAGACAUCUAGUUAUCUUAGGAUUUAUAGGACGAGGCAACGUAUAAGACAUAAGGAUACACACGCACACAGGGUGUGAAGACGAAGGCCGUAUCGCGUGUAUUGGCUGUUUGAGCGAAUUUUUAUUACGAACAAGUGCAAAGCGCUUUUAGGAGGCAACCCAGAAUAAAGAGAGCAGCAAAACCCAGUAGCAAAACAGGAAGCUGCUCUAGUAACUAGCAAAACUACUCACCUCGAGGGUAAGAAGCAAACGGUGACAACGUGUAUGUCUGUUCAGAUUCAGACGCGGAGUACCUAAAAUCCACUCAGCUGUAGCAUCGCUGUAAGUCGCGAAGUCGCGCGAAGCAUCUAGUCAUACACCUACUCCCGACGUGUGCAAGUCACCUCGGGACAGCGAAUCCAGCUGUAAAACUCACUUUCCUAGCCAAGUACGGUGACGGUUUUAAAACGCAAACCAGCAAAGGCAUACCAGCGAAGACGAUCGUAAUAGCAAGUGCGAGACGUUCGUGAGCGCGCGCGCUAUAAUAUAGGCAGCAGAACAAAUAAUUAAGCAACAGAGAAUCCAUCCAUCUUAUUAAGAUUAGCGAACACAGUAGUACCGCAGCCGGCGACACGAUGAUCUCGAACGGGUUGGAAACGGUGCAGCAGAAUGGGCGGUCCGGUUCGAUUGGCAGCGGCCAGGAGGAUAGCAAGACGAACCUGAUCGUCAACUAUCUACCGCAGACGAUGACACAGGAGGAGGUAAAGUCACUGUUCUCCAGCAUCGGCGAUGUAGAGAGUUGUAAGCUGAUCCGCGACAAAGUUACCGGGCAAAGUCUUGGGUACGGUUUCGUCAACUACCAUCGGCCGGAGGACGCGGAGAAGGCAAUCAACACGUUCAACGGGUUACGGCUGCAGAACAAAACGAUCAAGGUGUCGUUUGCCCGGCCGAGCUCGGACGCGAUCAAGGGUGCCAACCUGUACGUGUCCGGUCUGUCCAAGAGCAUGACGCAGCAGGACCUGGAGAAUCUGUUCAACGCGUACGGGCAGAUCAUCACCUCCCGCAUACUAUGUGAUAACAUUACCGGCCUAUCGAAGGGCGUCGGCUUCAUCCGGUUCGAUCAGCGGUCGGAGGCGGAACGGGCGAUCCAGCAGCUGAACGGUACCACACCGAAGGGUGCCUCCGAACCGAUCACGGUGAAGUUCGCCAACAAUCCUAGCAAUAACAUCAACAAGGCGAUCCCACCGUUGGCCGCAUACCUAACACCAACACCGAACCUGCGCCGCUUCCCGCCCGGCCCGAUCCAUCCGCUCAGUGGCAGAUUCAGCCUGCCAUCGAACUUUAGCCGCUACUCGCCGCUAACCGGCGACCUCGGCAGCUCAGUAUUAUCCGCAAACGCAAUCAACGGAUCCGGCUGGUGCAUCUUCGUGUACAACCUCGCACCGGAAACGGAAGAGAACGUGCUGUGGCAGCUGUUCGGUCCGUUCGGUGCGGUCCAGAGCGUGAAGGUGAUCAAGGACCUGCAGACGAACAAGUGCAAAGGGUUCGGGUUCGUGACGAUGACCAACUACGACGAGGCGGUCGUCGCCGUCCAGUCACUCAACGGCUACACGCUCGGCAACCGCGUCCUGCAGGUUAGCUUCAAGACUAACAACACCAAGUCGAAGGCCAAUUAAAAAUGGGAAAAAUUUUAAGUUUCUUUAACACCAUUCUUAUCGCUGUCCCGCGCGAGGACGGGUCGGGGUGUUGGUGUUGGUGAAUACACUCGGUUCGGCUCUCCAGCAAGCCGUGGUUACCGUUUACCACACGCCCCUCGCCCAUCCUUCCCAUUCCUUCCCCUGAAUUCCUCUUUCUCAGGUUAUGUUCUUCUCUUACGAGAGUUGUAGUACCAGGUGCCGCAGUUAGGAAAACCAAAAAAUCUAUCCUUGGUUGACGUUUACCCUUUUUUUGAUCCGCCUCAAGCAACGAUGAACAAAAUCUGGAGCAGAACAAAGGAGAACAAAUAGAAAGCUCUCCAAAAACCGCCCAAAAAUUGGGCAGGAUUGGCAAAGUACAUACUUUGCUGAUGAGGCUGUAUUAAGGCACCGAGUUUUAAGGCUUCGUGUUUGUUAAUUUUACAAACAUUUUUCUGCACACCAAUACGCACAUGUGAUGUACACAGUACACACACAUACACAAAACAGAAGCCAGCAAAGACACGCACAAAACGGUGCAAGGCAUGAGGGUGGGUUUUAUAGUGAUCACUUUAUUGAUACAGUCGACAAUUUGAGUCGAAAACGUCAAACGGUAGCCAGUGGUACGUACUGAACCAUUUUUUUUUAUUUAUUUCCGUACCCACGAUAUUUAUUUAUUUAUUCCAAAGACCCAGUUUCGCCGAGUGCUUGUUUUGUCCUUCCGUUUUAUUAAUAUUUAAGUUGGGUUGGGCCCGCAAUUUGUGCAAUAACUAUUUAACUUCUCAACCAUAACUAACACGUCUAGUAGCGAUAACCGAUGAGAUGCAUUUGAUCUGGAAAUGCACGAAGAACAACAACUGGUGACACGCGUCACUAACGAACAUCGCGUCAUUUUUGUUUUUUCUGCUCCCCUCGUAACCUCCCACCUCAUCCCAGCUCCUCUUCCUCCUCCCGUGUCCCAUUUACCCUAAAUGGUACCCUAGUGAAAUUGAUAAAUUAGAGUCAAAUUGCCCGUCAACGCUCAAAUAAUCUUUGUAAAGCAAAUAUAUUAAAUGUAAAUGAUAUGUUAGAAUGAAAAACAGAAGAAAAAAAACAAAACGGAAGAAGCAGAAUUAUCCCUAAACACGCGUAAAAGCGAAACAAAUGCGCUUGAAGAAAGAGAGAGAGGAGACAGAAAGAGAAAAAAGAAAAAACGGCAAAACCACAACUAGUUUUUACUACUAACGAGAGCUGUCAAAAAAGACAAGGGAAAGAGCAAGUAAACGGUGCUGUGAUGUGUCACCGUCAUGCACGUGUACCCCAUAAAAGUGUUUAUAUCGAAAAAACCCAGUCUAGAACAAUGUGUAUGUGCAAUAAUAAUCAAUCUUUAAUGAAACCAAACAAAACGAACUAACGAAAACAUGCAAAACGCUGGCGGCGACAUUUGUGAGAUAAGAGAGAGAGAGAGAGAAAGAGCGAAAGAGAGCAACUGUGAAUUAAAGUAAUAUAUAGUUUAGUGAAAAUCCCAUACUAACAAAAAAAAUGUCACCUGGGGACGGUGAAAACAAAACUGACGCUCGUUCGGUUUCUCCCGGAGCACGGAGAAACAGGGACACUUAAACAUACUCACGCAGACAACCCACGAAUGGCAGAGUGGAUGGCGAUGAAGAAACGUUUUAAAAUUUUUGUUUUUCGAGCUGUGGUGAACUAUUUGCGCAAUACUUACAAUAUUAUGGCCCCUGCUCAGGGAGGCCCGUUUUGUCUCGUAUCUCGUUAGGUUAGGUUCUGUAUUUAUUUUCCAACCCCACGCUAAUGAAUAAUCUCGUGUAAGUGUAUUUAUUUAUUUAUUAUAGCGCUUAGUAUAUGUGCGUCUAGUAUCACUUACAGACAUACAAAAUCCACACACAACCACAGCUAGCUUUACUGGUAUUUACUAAGUUGUCACUUGUCAGAUUUAUUCCACGCUCGGAUACUAAGCAGCUUCAGCAGAUCAAAACAGCGGGCAGGUCUCUGGGACGAAAGUCUCUCAUUUUUAUCUUUUAUAUACUCACUUACACAUUCUCUUAUCUUAUUUGUACUCUACUGUUUACACAACCACACACCACUAAGUAAGCCUGAUGAGUAUUUCUUCUCAUUCGAAUGCGUAACGUAUUAUGAUUAUUCUCCUGGAUGUAUUUUUGUGCAUUUUGUGUGCAUUAAACUUAUGAUUAAUCUCGGCUUGUUUCCUCGAGCGGCGCAGAGAUAUACUUGCAUGAGCAAACAAACAUAACAGCAGCAAAAAAAGCAGUGCACACCAACACACUAGAGCACAAACGAAACCGGCAAAAACUCACACAAAACACAAACCAAUACGGACACGGAAUGUAUUACGUUCCAUGUACUUUCUUUCUAUUUUAUCCAUUUAAUUCUAAUUAAUCGAAUAAUUGUAUCGUAUUACCCCGUAUUGUAAAACACGCAACAACUAAACGAAAAAAAAACACACACACUCACACGCAUCUAAACAAAAUGGCGAAACCCAUUAUUAUGAAUAGUAAUUUAUCUUCACUCAGUGCACGUGCGCUUCUCUUCCUCUCUCUCUCUCUCUAUCAUUCUCCUUUUUUUAUUCUCACUUUCAAUCAUCGCAAAACGCGUUAUGGCGAGAGGGAAAAGGAAAGAGCGAUAAUGUGAGUGAGACAAAGAGGGAGAAAGCGUGCCUGCUUAACAUUUCGGGUAGCUUCUUAACAAGGGUUUACUCGCGAUGUGGGAGUAUUUAACGAUAAGUUUAAAUAAGAUGUUCAAUAAUUUAGCACCUAUGUUAUUCCUAGUAUGAAUAUGUGUGUAUGUGUGUACGGAGAGGUUGAAGGUGACGUGAUGGCCUCGACCUCCUUCCAAAUCCUCUCCCGUUCCCCUUUACCUGCACCAAAAGGAAAUUGUGUGACGGAAAAAGGUUUGGAAAGGUUGAGCAAGCGAGCGAAAGAGGAGACGAAAAGUUUAGUAGAAAAAUUUCCAAAUUGAUACAAAAAUUAAUUUGAACGUUAAAUGAAUCUUGUACGAUGUGUUUUAGAACUUCCCUCUCAAAUGUGUUUUUUUAUCGGUCGGUGUUCUAGUUUUGCCAGUUUUGACAGCUAACAACGUGAACUUCAACAACUGACUUACUACUACCUGAUUACUACUAACAUACCAAAAAGGGGCUCUUCCCGGAGUAGUAUAUCACCCUUUGGGACAGCAACAAAGUAAGAUAAUGUAAACCAAACGCCGUGUGCAGAAGAGGUGGAGGAGGUGAUGAAGUGUUUUAGUCAAGAAUGGGCGAAAGAUCGCGCAAGCGAGAGAGGGAGAGCGAUACGAGAUAUCUUUGUAGUAAAAUUUUCAAUUCUGUGACUUUUUCACCCUUUUUGCCCGCAUGUGUUUUUUGGUCCUCUUCUUUGUCCAUUGAUGGGUUUUGGGAUUCGCUGAAGUGUGAGGAAGAAACUGAGCUGCACGAAAAAAAUCGAGCAAAAGCUAGAGGUGACGUCGAGGCGAGAAGCAUCGCGAAAACUGGAGCAAAAACCUAGUGGGAAGAAAAGAAGGAAAAAAAACAAACAAAAGCAAAAAAACUUUAAUUCAUAUUUAGCCGAACUAAGUUUAAUAAAUGAAAUCUAAUUGUGCUUAAAAAACUAAUCAAUUUAAUCAAUCACUUUAACCUGUAUUUGAGAAUAUAUGGAAUAAUCGUAAUAUAAUUUAAAGAGAGCAACCAAACAGCAACAAAAUGGCGGAAACUGUGUAACGUAAUUUGUACGGAUAUACCAUAACGCACAAGAGGAUACUAGCAGCGUACACUACACACAGACACACAAAAAAAACUCUCCUGAUCCCCUUCGUUCCCGUUCUUUUCUCCUGCUUGAUCCAGCUACUCUCCUGAAUCAAACUGUUUUCCCAGAAUUGGUAGUGUUAUGCGUUUGCCGUAUGAGUUGGCUAUGUUCUCAGGACAAUGUUACAGUCAAAAGGAAAAGCAAACUAAGCAAAAGAGAUGUAGAAGAGACGUGCACCACACAUACACCUACACCUAAAAGAUGCAUGUUGUUUGUUUGUUUUUUUUUUUCUGUCUUUCUGUGUAUGAUGCAAACUAAUAAAGGAAAUUUUACUUUUGUUUCCCAUAAGUCCUAUAGUCAUGUUGACGUUUGCUAAAUUAUCAAGUUCGCAAAAUGGCUUCCGUCCUCGCGUUCUUUUUUCCACCCUUCAAACCCUUCACCUUCCCAUUGAUAGUCUUGCCAAUCAAGACACACACACACACGCAGUGCAUAUGCACUGUACAGUCAAACGCGAUGAAGCAAAUGAGUUCUAAAAGUUUAUCAAAAUCAAAUGGGAAUAGAGAGAUUUUUGUAUGAGAAAAAGGCUUUCGAAAUGAGGGAGCGCGUGGGAUGAAUGUGAAAGGACGAGGACGAAAUGAAGUCCUAGCGUGCACCACCUACAAGUCUGCAUACAGACUCACAGAUCCCCACACCAAUAAAUAUACACCAAAGCAAUGCGUGCCAUCUUGAAACGCACAAUAAGGAGGGAAAAGGAUAAAAAAGCGAGGAAAAACGGAAAACUACAAAAAUCAUAUAUAAAAAUAUAGGAACGAAAUUUUUUCUUCUAGUCAAAAGGUGCUUUUUAGUCAAAAUUCUCUACCGAUGGCAGAAAGUGAAAUUGGGUUGCCGCAUAGUUAGCAGAACGUGCACAGCAUUAUGCUAUUUAAAAAAAAACGAAGCUACUAAAGAUCGGCGAACGUGCAGUGAGGCAAAACGAUGAGGGGGAAAUAUUAGCUAAAAGAAAAACCAAAAACUUAACUUACUUUAUACAAUGUAAUUAUUGAUAUCUUUUUUGUGUUGAAAAAAUGGUGUAGUUACUAUGUGAUGAGAUGAGCACAUACAAGAUGAUAAAAAAUCCGACAAAAGUCUUAUUUAAGCAAAUGAUUGCAUGCCUUUUGUCAUAUGCAUUACAUGCAUACAUCUAUGCGCAAAAAAGAGUGAGGUUGAUUAUCAUCGGGGUUUGUUCAUCUCUCCCGAAUAACUAAAGCAUACUUGCCAUUUUCUUUCACGUCUCUCCAGCAUCCUACCAAUACAUUCUUGCAUGAAGUGGGUUCUAUUUUCGGUUUAAUCUCCGUCACAUCGUCACGCCACGCAACUAAAAGCAAUGCAUGUGAAUGUAUUCCUUGUAUGUUUACGCAAACUUUCACACACUCAGAUAAGUUAAUGAGCAUAUAAAGAAAAUGGCUCCCCGAGCCCUUUUGUAAAGCCUACACAUACCUACCUAUAUUCAAUGCCAUGUCAAUGUCACCCCUUUAUUGAACGUUAUUAUGUGUCUUCAAAAAUCAAUUACCUAUAUCUUCGAUUCCUCGAUACCGGAUUUGACGAUUUGACAUAGAGAAAGUGUCUGUAUGAUUAUAACAAUGUGCUCGAGAUUUAACAACAAUAUGGCGGAGAUUGCUUAAAGUGUGCGUUACAUCAAAAUCGGUUAUUGAUAUGAACAUGGAGACACUUGAUCUAUUACCUAAGCAACGUUUUAAUGAACAACAACAACUAUCACAACAUUCAAACACACACACAUACAGGCAGCCCAAAAUAACUUCACCACACACACACGUACAUACUCAUUCACGAGCAAAAAAGCGAGAAAAAACAGAGAAUGGAAACGUGUACUAACUACUUCUUACUGAAACUACUAACCACUAACUAACUACUAAACUAUCAAUCAAACCACAGGAGAUAAGGAAUCUGUUAAUGUUUAUCUAUGUAUGCGCGCGCAAGUGUGUGUGUGUGUCUGUUCGUGUAAGAAGAAGAAAAACACAUUUCAACCAGUAUAGCGAAUAUUGAACGAACCAAAAACGAAGUAUUUACCACACUUUGUCUCCCAUUCCUCCCAAUCAGCUCCUGCCCCUAAAAUUUAAAUCUUCCCUUUUGUAACUACAAAACAUCAACAAACACAAAAACCAUAAAAGACGAAGAGACUGUUGUAGUGGUGGUAGUAGUUGUGUGGCGGUUUUCUGCUCCGAUAAUACGCUAUUUAGCAGAAAAGUGAACAGAUUUGUGAAGGAUUGCUGUCAGCAAGGAAGGAAUAAGUAAUCUACCACCCCAAGCCCCCCCCCCUCCUUCCCACUUCUCUUGCCUCCCCUGCUAUAGCGCAAAACUCCCGAAGGGCAAUCGAAAUAUACUGAAACAAUUGGAAGAUAAUACUAAAUUUCGUAUCCUUCUUUAUCUAUGUCUUGUACUGUUUAACGCUUUAUUAUUUCAGUAUCUUGUGUUAAAAAAAUUGGAUUACUAUCAAACCCUUAUUAAAAGAAAGAAAUAGCAGUGAGUGUGUGUAAUUUCGACUGCUUGUUUAAUGCCCAGCUCGAGAACGAAUUGGUAGAUCCUAUAUAUCACAUGAACACAGCAACACUAGCUUAUACCAUUUAAAAUUCUCUAAAUGUAGACUGUAAAAAGGGAUUCGCAUUUAUUACUGUCGUUUUUUUUUAUGGUUCAUGUUUGUCAUGCGCACGUUAGAUUCAAUCAUAACCAACUUAGUUUGCCAACAUUUUGUGUGAUUGUCUGCAUACUUGCUGUUUAGAACUCCGUCUCCGUCUAAGUGUAUGCGCGCAUAGCCAUCGGUGUAGGCGCAUGGAUGCUAACAGUUGUUCUGUGGUGUAAUAAAUCACCCCCGUCCCAGUAUGUGUUUGUAUGUUGUGUUGGAUGUAAGCUAAUAGAUUCGGGGUGUAUGUAUUUUCUCCUUCUUCGCCCAACGUUUGAUAGACGUGGCGGUGACAGCUUAAGAAAAGAAGCACUAUGCAGAGGAGCACCGAGAGCAGAAGCGAAAGAGAACCCAUUAUAGAAAGACUGGACUGUUGUAAAAACUAUGAACUGAUGAAAGUGUAACCCAGCCUAUCCUUGUGUUUUGUAGAUGUGAGGCAAGGUAAAAUAAUCUGUGUGUAAUGAUAUGUAUUCGUUCAAACGGAAAUAAAAUACCAAAAAAAAGGUUAAUCAUGUAGAAACAAAGGGAUCCUUUUAGCUUCGUGCGCGCUUGCGUAAGCCGGCUACGUCCGUGUCCAAAAUAAGGGAAGAAAAGCAAGAAUCAGGCAGAAAGAGAGAGCGAGAGAGAGAGAAAGAGAAAGAGAUAGAGAAGGGAAAUAUAACUCAAAUUUUUGAACUAUUAAUCGUUAUCCUUCGAACGGACGGACAGGUGUGCUUAGGCAAAUUAACAUAUAUACAAACGUAAAUGAAUUGUAGGGGAUUUUUUUUUAUAAAACUCAUUAAAAAACGCCAGCACAACAUACACAGUGUGGGGUGAGGGACAAGGUGGGCCAUUUUUAAACUCAACGCAACGCGCCCGUCUGUAUAUGAUAUGGUUUGUGUCCUACAGGUAGCUAGCAUUGAUCUGAUUGGUGGUAUGGAUCUAAAUAUGCAACUUAGCCAUACACGCGACUUACAGGUUUUUAUACAUGUAUAAAGGGCAACUUUCAGCGUGGCACAAUAUGUACACAUACACACAGAUGCACAUCCAAUUUGAAGUACAAGUGGUGGGAGAGAAGAUAGAUUUUCCAAUUAUCCAACAAAAAAAAUAAUAAAAACGGGAAUCGAAUCAUCCAAUACAAUCACAGUGCAAUACAAAUAUAGACUAAAUAAUCCCUUUUGUGGCACCAUUUAGAGGUCCAUAAUGUCGAGUGUUUUAGCGGCGAGCGAACGAGAACGCGAAAGCGGAAUCGGGUAUUGAAAAAAAAAGCCGUUGAACGUUUUUUGCUGCGUUUUGCGUCCCUUGCAGGCGUAGGGAACAGUAGAAAGCGCCGGCAUGUAUGCAAUUUCACAGUAACACAGUUCGGUAUUAGAGGCUUUUUCUUCUCUGUAGUAGCCGCUCUUUGGUUUAACUGAUCUCUAUUGCCCAGCUAUGUAUGUGUAUGUGUGUGUGUGUGUUUUAAACAGCAAAAAAAGAAAGGAAGACUUCAUCGAUGUGUGUGUAUGUGUAGAUGAAAACUCCAGUAAGGCAUAACGGUUUUGACAGUUAUAAGGCAACAGAAGAACACCAAACACGUUUUGUGGAAAAAACAAACGAGUAUGGACGAGUGAUACAUAAAAGAUAACUAGCAUUAAACCCGUGACAAAGCCAGGUAUAGUUGAAUUUUGGUCGUGCGUUACUGAGGAGAGAACAGUCGAGAUCCAGUAAGAUUGUACACUUCAGGCUAAAAAAAUCUCCCCAAAUUUUUCUGAAGAAUCUGGAGGAUCACUCUUCUCUGAAGUCGGAAGUGUCAGAGCGUAAAAAAAACACUACAGAAACAAUCUCAGACGUCUGGGAAAAGGAAAUGAAAACCUAAAAUACCAAAAAAGCGAGUCAUCGAGUCUAGUGAAUAGUAAAUGUCUUCAAAAUUCCCUCCCCAAUACAAAACUACAGCAAGCAUGGAGAUAACGUAUCCUUAUAAGUUAAGCAUGAACAGAUUGUGCCCAAUAUCUGAUCUAAACAGACAAAACUAGGCAAGUCGGAGAAACCGGUUGACUGUGGGUGUAGCUCUCGGGGUGCCCUAGUUUUUUGGACGUAACCGUGAGUUCGUCAUUCAAUGUCAGCUCUUGAGCAUUAUACGUCGGUGUCGUACUGUAUGUGGAAUUUGUGUCGUUACUGCUUUAUCCAGCCUGCCCUCUUUAGGGUUGGAGUUAGAACCGGGGAAACAGAUCGUACUUCAGUUCAUCGUAUGUGAAUACUAUUUCCUUCCGUUUUUCUAGAAUAGUUGUCCCUUUGCGUACUUUGUUUUUUUUCACCUAUUUCUAUCUGUCUCUCUCUUUCUUUCUCUCGCUCUCUCUCUCUCUGUGUCUUAUUCUUCAGACAUCCUGACCAGAGCAUAGUCUAGAUAAAUGUAUCAAACAAGUGGGUCACAAUGUACAGAAAUGCUACAGAAAAACCCCUCAAAAACUCUGGCAAGGACCCUGGAAGGACAGGGAAAGAGAUACAAAGAAAGAAAGAUGGAGAGAGAAGAGUAUAGGUGCAAUUUAAUACAAUAAUCGUGCAACAGACAAUUAAAUAAUGCAACAUAUAAACAAACACACACACACACAAACACACAAGAAAAUAUGAGGAAGCGAACCGAUAAACAAUAUCAGUAUUCAGCGUGAUGAAAAUCAAUUCAUUCGAUCAAUGAAGAGCAGAAGGACAGCAAAAAAA